GGCGGAGCAGCAGAGCUGAGUGAGGCGCGCUGGCGGGAGGGUCGGCCGGGCGCAGCGGCGCCUAUGGGGAAGGCGGCCGCGUCGUCGUCGUGCAGCGGCACCCGCGGGCUGGUCUCCCUGCUCAGCGCCGUCCCCUGCCUGGCCUGUAAGCAGCCGCCGCCGCCGCCGCCCUCCCCCGCCGCCAUGAGCCUGAGCGCGGCGAGCUCCGAGGGCCCCCCGCCCCUCGCCGGGCCCCCCGGCUCCGACACCUACAAGGGCUGGCUCUUCAAGUGGACCAACUACCUGAAAGGCUACCAGCGCCGCUGGUUCGUGCUCAGCAACGGCCUGCUGAGCUACUACAGGACCCAGGCUGAAAUGGCUCACACUUGCCGAGGAACCAUCAACCUGUCAACAGCCCACAUUGACACGGAAGACUCCUGUAACAUUGUGCUUUCCAGCGGGGGAAGGACAUACCAUCUAAAGGCUAGUUCAGAAGUGGAACGGCAGCGGUGGGUCACAGCUCUGGAGUUGGCUAAGGCCAAAGCCAUUCGUAUGAGGGACAACCAGUCAGAUGACUCCGGCGACGAGGAGCCCGGCUCGCAGUCCGACAAGAGCGAACUGCACAGCACUCUGAAAAGCCUCUCGAGUAAGCUGGAGGAUCUCAGCACUUGCAACGACCUCAUCGCAAAGCACGGCGCAGCUCUCCAGAGGUCCCUGAGUGAGCUGGAGAACCUGAAGCUGCCCGCCGAAAGCGGGGAGAAGAUCAAAGCCGUCAACGAGCGAGCCACUCUCUUCAGGAUCACCUCCAAUGCUAUGAUCAAUGCUUGCCGGGAUUUCCUAGAGUUAGCUGAGACUCACAGCCGGAAAUGGCAGCGUGCGCUCCAGUACGAGCGUGAGCAGCGGACCCGCCUGGAGGAAACCAUUGAGCAGUUAGCCAAGCAGCACAACAGCUUGGAACGGGCCUGUCGAGGAGCCCCAGGACUCACUGUGAAUACUGUCACCCGUGCACCCAAAGGGAACGUGCUGACCGUGAAAGGGGAAGCCAGCGACGAAGAUGAGGACACAGAAUACUUUGAUGCCAUGGAGGACGCGCCAUCUUUCAUCACAGUAGCUGCAGAUCCCACGAAACUCCACAGACGCACUGACAGCAACCUGAGCGGGGCCAGUGAAGGUCGUGCUGAGGACUGGAAUCUAGAGGACAGCGUGUUUGAGUGCUCCACUCGGUCCAGCUUUGACGUUACAGGAAAAGAUGUCAUGUCCAAGAAGAGCAGACGGACUCGAAUCCCAGACAAACCCAACUACAGCCUUAACCUCUGGAGCAUCAUGAAAAACUGCAUCGGCAAGGAACUGUCCAAGAUACCGAUGCCUGUAAACUUCAAUGAGCCGCUAUCCAUGCUGCAGAGGCUAACAGAGGACCUGGAGUACCACGAGUUGCUCGAUAAAGCUGUCAAGUGUGAGAGCUCCACGGAGCAGAUGUGUUUUGUGGCUGCUUUCUCCGUGUCUUCCUACUCGACGACGGUCCACCGGACAGCCAAGCCAUUCAACCCACUCCUGGGAGAGACCUAUGAGCUGGACCGCCUGGAUGAACUGGGCUUCCGUUCUCUCUGCGAACAGGUGAGCCAUCACCCCCCAGCUGCAGCCCACCACGUGUACUCCAGACGAGGCUGGACACUAUGGCAGGAAAUCACCAUCGCUAGCAAGUUUCGGGGCAAAUAUCUCUCCAUCAUGCCACUGGGUGCCAUCCACCUGGAAUUCCACUCCAGCGGCAACCACUACAUCUGGAGAAAGGUGACCUCCACUGUUCACAACAUCAUUGUGGGCAAGCUCUGGAUUGACCAGUCUGGUGACAUAGAAAUCAUCAACUACAAGUCAAAAGACAAAUGCCAGCUGAAGUUUUCCCCCUACAGCUAUUUCUCCAGGGAUGUUCCGCGAAAGGUGACAGGUGUUGUCAUGGACUCAGAAGGCAAGGCUCACUAUGUUAUGUCUGGCACGUGGGACGAAAAAAUGGAGUUCUCCAAAAUAGUGCAGAGCAGCACGGGCUGCAGCAACACGGAGGGCAAACUGCCGAAAACGGUCUACCAAACCCUGUCCCCCAGGAUCCUGUGGAAGAAAUACCCUCUUCCGGAGAAUGCUGAAAACAUGUACUGCUUCUCCAACCUGGCUUUGACCCUGAAUGAGAUGGAGGAUGGUAUGGCCCCCACAGACAGCCGACUAAGGCCUGACCAGCGGCUCAUGGAGAACGGCAAGUGGGAUGAAGCCAACAUGGAGAAACAGAGGCUGGAAGAGAAGCAGAGGGCUGUUCGUCGCCAACGGGAAGCAGCGGCCGUGGUGGCCCUGGAAGAAGGCAAAGACUAUGAAGGCUACAUCCCUCUGUGGUUCGAGAGGAAGGUAGACCCUGCCACGGGAGAGCUGAUCUGCGUUUACAAGGGUGGAUACUGGGAAGCCAAGGAGAAGCAGGACUGGAGUAUGUGCCCCAGUAUCUUCUGAGCCUCCUCCCACCCCUUACUGGGCU